AUUUCGGCAUCUGUUGUAGGCUGAAGUAGCUGGUUGGGUUCACAUUUCCAUUUCUUUCAUCGCCACUCUGUCUUUUACGCUUUUCUCUCUCUCUCAUCCUUUCCGCCAGUUCAUCACAAUCCUUCUACAUUACUAGUAGAUUUGCUGUAUUCAUUGAAUUCUCGCUGAAAGUGUGAUCGAUUGCUUCCUCACCGUGUUGUGCCGGUGGGUGGGGGUUCACGGGGAGCUUCCGGUCCGGCGAUUUCACCCUCGGCGGACGCGGCUCCCAGGAGAAUGCGAAUUCGAUUUCUAGGCCUUUGGACGGCUUGGCCUUCCUUCAUGCGUGAUUCCAGUGGUGGGAACUGAGUUUAGUUCUCCCUUCUCAAAGCUACUUUCGUUUAUUAAUUUGUUUUUCUGGUGUGAUCAACUUUACGGCGCGGUUCCACAUUGCGGCGGGAUAGUUUAGGGUUCUUAUCUAGAAGCAAGGGUUUCUUCGAGGUGAAAUUUGCUGCCUUUAAGUUGAGGUACCCGUGAAAAGGAAAGUAAAAUGUGUUCGCUUCUUCGGUUGUUCGUCGUGGCUAUUUCUUUCCAUUUUUUGCUCUGAUUUUCGGAUCUCAACCACAUUAAAGACACAUUGUUUCAGUAAUUAAAGUGGCUCAAGCAGAUAAUUGAGGGGCUCUGAUUGCAAUUUUAGUUCAUUGGCGACUGACUAUACGAGGUUAGGGGUCUGGAUUUGAUCUUUAGUCGCUUAAAGGGAAAAGGGUUCCUAAACUUGCGACUUUACAACAGUUUAAAGCAUUGGCCUGUCUCUCUUUAUUUAUUAUCUGGAGAAUUAAUUCUUCUUUUUGUGAUAAACAUUUACCGUUCUGUUUGGCCAUUAGAAUCUGAUUCUUCUACGGAUAUUCUGAAUUUGAAGCCCUAAAGCAGGUCAAUUGUCAUUGUGAAGUUUCUUCAUCAAUUGAGGUAAUACUAUAACAGCUAUUCCAGUCAAAAUUUUGCUUCUCUCACCAGUCUGCAUCCAAAAAAGAUCUUGUUCACUUUGCUGAUUCAUCCACAUUGAGUGUGGGGGGUAUAAUUGGUGGUUGUUAUUGGAUUGUAUUCUGAAGCCUUCCUUCCAUGGGGCUUCUGGGAGGUCUUUCAAUCCAAUUUCUCAUAUGGUUUUUCUGGUUGCCACAUUUAGCCGGUGCUAAGCUACCUGCUUCCUCACGUGCGCUAGAUGCACUCCUCCAAGACUAUGCUUACCACGAUGCAUUUGGUCAACGCCCCAAGACAGGUGUGAUUUAUGACGGAACUGCCCCUUCAAAUCUAACAGGGAUUAAGGUUUCCGUGUUGAGGCUUAGGAGUGGUAGCUUAAGGAGGAGAAGUGUGACCUACAAAGAGUUUGAGUUACCUGUUGGUGUUGCAGGGUACCCUUAUGUCACAAGGCUUGCCUUAGUCUAUCAGAACUUGGGAAAUUGGUCUCUCAAGUACUAUCCUUCACCAUCCGGAUACAUGUAUUUAUCACCUGUGAUCGGUCUUCUUGCAUAUGAUGCGUCAAACCUGUCUGCCACAAAUUUGCCAGAGUUGAAUCUCACGGCAACAGGUCAGCCCAUUUCCAUAAGGUUCCCAGAAGUGAAGUCAAUACCCGGUGGUUCCACUCCCAAGUGUGUCUCAAUUGAUCUGAAUGGCUCUUUUAGUUUCGGCAAUGUUUUAUCAGGAAACAUAUGUAACACCUUCAAACAAGGACAUUUCUCUAUUGUGUUCGAGUCUGUUGCUCCUUCUCCUGCCCCAGUGUCUCUUUCACCAAAACCGCCACCUCUAGGAGCUCCUCCAAAGCAGGAACAUAAACCGACGGGACACAAGAAGUCGAGAAAGGUUGGGAUCAUAUUGGGGUCGGUGGUUGGAGGGUUGGCGGUUUUGGGUUUGUUGGGAAUUCUUAUGGUGUGUGCGUGUGUGUAUAGAAGGAAGAAGAAGCUGCAAGAGAUGGAAAUGGCUUCUGAGGUUGGGGAAGGGUUACCUAUGACCCGGGUUGGAAGCACAAAAGCACCUUCUGCUCCUGUUACAAGAACCCAACCCACAUUGGAGACCGAAUAUGUCCCCUAAAUCUCUAUCUCUCUUUCAAGAUGUGUAUACUGCCAGCUCCUCCUCUUGAUUACGAUCCAUUCGCUUACCAGUUUCAUCCACACAGUUAAAUUCUUCUUUGACAACAUUUUGUUUGUUCAUUCAUUUUUUCUGCUGGUAGUGGUGUGUAGGUAGUACAGACAGGGUUAUUGUGUACAUAAUAAUCGUCUGUUGCCUUCCACAAAUUGUUCAGAUUGUGAUGAUUCGUUUGUGGUGUGCGUUUAGGCUCUCAUUUUUACUCCCCUCCCGCAUUGAGAAAGGAAUAAAAUUUGUUGUUAGUUUCUCAUUUGCAACUUCAUUCUCUACUGUUGCUUCCAGGUUUAAGCUUUUAUUAUAAGUUGAGUGUAUAACACUUUUUUCAGGCAGGUGUGAACCUGAUUGCAGAAUCGGCCGGUAAAGAAUCUGGCUGAUUGCCCGAUUUUUGCAUGCAGGGCUCUGGAACUGGCAUCCGAAAUUGGCCCCAAACUGGCUGCGCCAAAAUAUGACCACAACUAAUGGUCCGGGCUCGUACUAUGUUUUUGCUAAAAAUCAAAACUGGGUUUCUCGGUUAAUGUUUCGGUUCUCUUCCCUGCACCUACUCUAAACCUGCCAGUGAGGCAGUGAGUACCUCUGCCAAAUCGGAACUGGCUCGGGUGCACCCUAUUCCCGGGUUAAUUAUUGGCGUGGUAUUGUUUUUUCUCUUUAAAUUGUGUUUGUAUUGUGAAGGACGAGGGAGAAGGUUAACGGUCUUCAGAGCUUUAGGCCAUGGGUUGACUGUAUGCUUUUUAGAUGCUUCUAGACUCUUUUACAAGCAUUUAUUGGUGACAUAUGAAAGUUUGUUGUUUUCUAUCGAAUAUUGCACAAAAGCUACAAUAAUGUAGGUAUAUAUAUAUAUAUAGUACUCUUCCGGUCAGGAAUUCCUGACCGGAACCGCCGUCCGGACGGUGGUGUUUGGCCGCCUUCUGGGUGGAAUUUUU